GCGCCCGACUAGAAUGGAGAAGCAAUUAUCGCGUACAACUUCUUAUACAGUUUGGCGUGUCUACUAAGUCAUAAACAAAUUUAACUCGCAAUACACAAUGGAAGGGGAGAUAGAGGUGGAGAGCAGCAGUGAUGUUGGUCCAUCAGGGUCUGGGAUGGAGGAGCCGUCAGAGAGCGGUAUGGGCAUGGAGUCGUCGGAGGCCAUGUCUGCAGACAGCAGCGACGCAGCUGCACCACACGCCUCCCGCCACCACAGCCAGCACCACCAGCACCGCCAUGGGCACGGUCACCAUGGCCAGGCCCCAGAGUCAGAUUGCCAUGUGGGACAAAGCUCAGAGGGUAUCCUGGCGUUCCUACCAGAGACCAGCUCCAGUACAGACGUCACCCACCACAGAGCCACCGUCCACCUCCCAGACUCCUCCUCUGUGGCCCAGUCCACCAGCGUCUCCACCGUAACCCAGUCCAUCCUGGUGUCCGGGUCGGCCCAGGUGAUGGUCCACUCCAGUGCAGCGGUGUCAGACUGCGGGGGCAUGAUGGUGUCUGACUCUACAGCCUCUACCUCCUCAGACCUGGGAUCAGCCAUAGACAAGAUCAUAGAGUCCACCAUCGGACCUGACAUCAUGAACGGAUGUAUAGCAGUGACCAGUGCAGAGGACGGAGCUGCAGAGACCAGUGAGGGGCAGUAUUUGAUACUACAAGGACCAGACGAUGGGGCCCCUAUGGUAGCCCACAUGUCGUCCUCGGCUCUGUCCAGCCAUCACCGCAUCGCCAUCGAGGCUCUGGGAGAGGGUCCUACCUCCACCUGCCACGACCAGGGGGACAUGCAGGAUAACCUGGAUCCAGACCAGCCCUCUGGGAGUCACUCUCACUCCGGCCACUACCCAGACCAUGAGGACCAGGACAGCCAGCCUCAGCACUCCCACGCGUCCCAGUACAUGGAGUGUAGCGGUGGAGAUGCGGACGGACCUGAUCAGACUGGAGAGUCCUCCUCCUCGUAUGUAGACGAUGAGGAACCCGACCAGACACGUUCCUCCCGCUCCCUCGUCCGGUCCCGUUUCCCUGAGUACGGUAUAGUCGAAAACUCUGGCCAGGACCUAAGGGGUUACGUGGAGUGUAGUGGUAGCGGUGCCCCUGACUCCAACCCCUCGUCCCCUGCCCGCCUACGACACACCCAUUAUAUGGUGGACUGCAGCGCGGGGACGGGGGCGUACCUGGAGUGUGCCGGGGACGAGGAAGAGGAUUCGAUGCAGCACCACUCUCGGAGCUACAUCGACAGCAGCAGCAGUGCUAACCACUCCCAGAAUCACCAAACUCUGUCUAACCACUCCCAGAGUCACCAAACCCUGCGGCAGUAUGUGGAGUCCGGGGCUGCGGUUGCAGAUUCAGAGCAGCCCGGUUGUUCCAACUCCCACUCUCAGAAUCACCAAACUCUGUCUAACCACUCCCAGAGUCACCAAACCCUGCGGCAGUAUAUGGAGUCUGGGGCUGCAGAUUCGGAACAGCCACGAUGUUACCAAUACCAGGCUGAGGAAGGGCAAGGAGAGGACCCAGACCAGAACUCAGACCAGAACCAGGACCCAGACCAGCCACAGCACUCUAACCAGCAGCAGCCUCAGCACUCCCACUACAUGGAGACCACCAGCAGCAGCACUGGCCCAGAAGGCGAGGGUUCCACCACAGACCACCACCACCCCCAGGCAGACACCGCAGACUCAGGCUCAGCAGAUCAUCCAGAGGCUAUGGAGUGUUCUGAGAGCCAGCCUGGCCCUUACAUCAGUAGCAGUGGGACCUACUCCUACCACCCGGAGCCUGAGAUGGAAGAGGCCCUCGAACCUCCAUGGUCACCCAGUUUGGAGAGGCCUUCCAGGGGAGAGGAGGGCGGCGUGGUGGGGGGGUCUGGGGCUCCAGUCGUGGAGGAGGGGGCUGGGAGCGGACCAGGGGUCGCUGUCCCCCACACCAUGGCUGAACUGGAGGAGAUGAUGGAGGUGGUGAUCGUUCAGCAGUUCAAGUGCAAGAUGUGUCCCUACAAGAGCGUCUCCAAAGACACCCUCAUCAACCACAUGAGAGACAGGCACUUCAAAUCCACAGGUGGCCCCCCUCCUAAGAAGCGUGGUCGUGGUCGGCCCAGGCGUAGUGAUACGUUGGCCCGUCAGCAGGCUGAGGUGAAACCAGAGCCCCAGCCCGAGGAGCCAGAGGACGAUGACAUCGUAGACGCUGGGGCCAUCGAUGACCCUGAAGAGGACAGUGACUAUAACCCAGCAGAUGAGGACUGUAGGGGCAGGCAGCCUGCUCUCCUGCGACAACCUGUCCCCCCUCCCUGCUCCUCCUCCUCCUCCUCCACAGACCGCCCCAGACGCAGGGUGGGACGACCCAGGAAGUUCACCUACACAGAGGGCAGCUACAACGGCAAGGAAGCAGUAGCAGACGGGACGUCAAAGCCUAAAGGGAGUGUGGAUCCUCAAGGCUCGGAGGAGGCCAGUUCCUCAGGCCUGGGAAACGGCCCAGGUCCCUUGUCCAAUGGAAACACAGCGGAAGCCGGCAUCAGCCAAUCGGACUCUGAGAACAAAGACCCGUCGUCCAAUGGGAGGCCAGAGGAGCUUUUCCCAAGGAAACGGGGUCGACCCUCCAAGCGGUUCAUCAGAAAGAAAUACAAGAAGUACAUGAACCGCAAGUACUGUAAGUCUCUGAAGCCGCUCCUGAGGCCUCACAGCUGUUGGAUCUGCGGCUCUCGCUUCCUGUCCCAGGAGGACCUGAGGUUCCACGUUGACUCUCACCAAGGAAACGACCCAGAGUGCUUCAAAUGCCUGCAGUGUAACUACCGCUGCAAACGAUGGUCCUCGCUCAAGGAGCACAUGUUCAACCACCAGGGGAACAAGCCCUUUAAGUGUGAGGAGUGUGACUACAGCAGUGUGUAUAAGAAGGACGUCAUCAGACACUCUGCAAUACACAACAAGGACAUGAAAGCAAAGUCUGAGUCCCAGGUAUCUAAGGUGUUGUCGUUCCCGUGUCCAGUGUGCCACAGAGUCUACCCCAUGCAGAAGAGACUCACUCAGCACAUGAAGACACACAGUACCGAGAAACCACACAUGUGUGACAAGUGUGGGAAGUCCUUCAAGAAGAGAUAUACGUUCAAGAUGCAUCUCCUCACACACAUCCAGAGUGUUGACAACAGCAGGUUCAAGUGUGAGUUCUGUGACUAUGACUGUGACAACAAGAAGCUCUUGCUCAACCACCAGCUGUCCCACACCAACGACCGGCCCUUUAAAUGUGACUACUGUAAAUACUCCACCUCUAAAGAGGACUUCCUGGUCUCACACCUGGCCAUCAAACACACAGGAGAGAAACCGUUCUCCUGUGAGAUGUGCCACUUCAUGACGAAACACCGUAAGAACCUGCGUCUGCACGUCCAGUGUCGCCACCCGGAGGCGUUUGAGGAGUGGAGCGCUACGCACCCUGAGGAGCCCGUCAGGCGGAGGAGGAGACCCUUCUUCACCCAGCAACAGAUAGAGGAACUCAAACAGCAACACGACGACACACCAGGCCUACAGAACACUAUACUGGCGGUGGAUCCUGACACACUACAAGCCAUGCAGACAAUGCAGAACGCCUCAGUCUCCCAAGAUGCAAUGGGAAACACCACCAUCAUCUACGAACAGGCCGGAAACUCAGACCUGUCAGCCCAGAAUGCUCUGGAUCUGCUGUUGAAUAUGAGCAACGCCAGAGAGCUGGUGGGAAACUCACUGCAGGUACAGGUGUUGAAGUCGUCUGACUCCAAUGUUCUAGAAGCAGGCUCCUGGACGGGUGUUACCUCGGCGACGGGGGGAGGGCAAAAAGUAGUGACCUUUCACGUGUCUGAGACCGGCGAGACCCUGGUGCAGGAGGUCCAGGAAGUGCAGGAGGGUUAUGAGGCAGAGACCAAUGAGAAUGGAGAGAUCACCCAGGUGGCCAUCCAGGCCUAUGAGGGGGCAGAAGGCUUCAGUGUGUUGGAACAGGUGGAACAAGCUACAGAGGAGAUCCACAGCACCGGACCUGGAUACAGCAGUGGCGAGGGGAGUCCCCAGCCCAUGGAAGAAGAGGAGGAGGGAACAGAAAUAGUCAGAGAGAAUGGAGAAAAGUACUACCUGUCCUCCGGGCUAGGGGACGGGGUGCUGCAGCAGGUCGAGCUGAGCAGCGAGGCCCCGGGUUCUCCCUCCAUGGUGGGUUCUCCCCAGCAGAACCAGCUAAACCCUAAGAGGUUCUCCUGUCGUAUCUGCAUGGAGUCGUUCCACGGCCGCAGUGAUAUGGAGAACCACAAGAGGGCCCACAUCGACCCCUCCACCUUUAAGUGUCCCGACUGUGACUUCACUGCCUCGUCCUGGCCAGUUGUCAAGACACACAUGGUCAUGCAUGCCUACCUGAGACCUCACAAGUGUCCCAGCUGCAGCUUUGCCUCCAAGAACAAGAAGGAUCUGAGGAGACACAUGAUGACGCAUACCAACGAGAAGCCCUUCACCUGCCAGAUCUGUGGACAGAGGUUUAACCGUAAUGGCCACCUCAAGUUCCAUAUGGAGCGACUCCACAGCCAGGAACCUCCGACAAAGAAGAGCCGCUCUGGUGCAAGCUCCCAGCAGACCGUCAUAGUUAACAGUGAUGAGGAGGCUCUCGUCACGCUACAGUCAGCUCUGCAGGCAGGACAGACUAUCAGCCCAGAGCAGCUACAACAGGCCUUGGGUCAGGACCACAUCAUAGUGUCCCAGGAACAAGGCCUGGGUCAGGACCACAUCAUAGUGUCCCAGGAACAAGGCCUGGGUCAGGACCACAUCAUAGUGUCCCAGGAACAAGGCCUGGGUCAGGACCACAUCAUAGUGUCCCAGGAACAAGGCCUGGGUCAGGACCACAUCAUAGUGUCCCAGGAACAAGGCCUGGAAGACCAAGAGGAGGCCACGUACAUUCAGCAGAUCACCACAGUGGACGGACAGACGUUACAGUACAUGACAGGAGACAACCAGGUCCAGUAUAUCAUCUCUCAGGAUGGAGUCCAACACUUCCUACCUCAGGAGUACGUGGUGCUAGCAGACGGGAACCACAUUCAGAUGUCAGAUGGCCAGAUCAUCCAGUAUGAGCAUGAUGGGGCCUUCCUGCAGGAGCAACAGAUUGCUCUGAGUCAUGACGGGCAGAUCCAGUAUCUUCCCAUCGGUUCAGAACAACAGAUAGUCAGUCCUGAGGACCUGGAGGUUGUUGAACAUUCUGCCGUUACUGCGGUCGCAGAUGCAGCCUUGCAACAGACCCAGACGGUCUAUACAGAGGCCACACAAGAACAGCUGGAGCAGCUACAACAGCAGGGAAUCCAGUAUGAUGUCAUCACCUUCACCGAUGAGUAGAGACCCUCUGUCGGACGGAUGGAAGUCGGGAGGGAUGGCUCUCUGUGAUUGCGGACUUGUCUCCUAGUAUGAUGUCUACUAUUGGCUGCCUGAUGACCGUAUGUAUUGCAGGACUAGUACGGUGGAACCACGAUGACCAGUGACCUCCAGCGUGGUUCGUCAGGAUCGGCCUGAGCGCGACUGCAGAGAAUCUACAAAUCAUUGUGUAAAAUCAUCCCAAACAGCUACUCGUUAUGCGAUCAAGAUUGAUCAAAUCUGGGCAGGGUCUUGCCUAGAUCCAUCCCCUAGAACACACUGGUCUACUCUCUCUGCCAUGCUUCAGAUACCCAGGACACACUGCUCUACUCUAGGAGCUCUGCCGUGCUUCAGAUACCUGGGAUGAUAGAAACAGCACUAGAGAGGAUUUUAGUGGCUGGUAGAUCUAUCACUCAUAGUGGGAGUGUUAAAUAGAUGAACUCUCACUGUUAAGUAGAUCUAUUAACAGAAGCUUUUGUAAAUUCUAAAUAUUGUACCCAUCGCUUCUAGGUUAAUCAAUAGGGGCUGAUGUACAUUAAAGAACAAAGUUACACACGGUUGGAUGAUCUAGUCUGUGUCUGAAAUGCCACCCUAUUCCCUACAUAGUGCACUACUUUUGACCAGGGCCCUUCAAAAGUAGUGCACUAAAUAGGGAAUAGUUUGCCAUUUUGGUACGUAGGCGUACUCUGUAAUUAUUUAAGAUCUGCGGUUUCCUCAACACCUGCUUUGACUUGCAAGACAAUGUCACGAAAGAAGAAAUUAAAAUGGCUGAUAUGUUUUAGAAUAAAGCACAGCUUCCAAUGGGAUGUUUAGUUUUGAAUGGGAAAGGACUGUGUGAAGACUGCCUCUGGAGGAUCGGAGGACUGUCAGACUACAGGGUUGAUUGUGAUUUGUGGUUUAAAAGGAGUGGUUAAUCAUUUGGUAAUUUGUACAUAUCUUUUUGCAUAUGAAGCAUUUUUUUCCCAUGAUUUGCUUAAAUGAAAAUCGCUGAAUAAGCUAAAAGCUGAUGCCAAAUAAAUCACAACAUUUACAUAUGAAUCAUUUAGCAGACGCUCUUAUCCAGAGCGACUUAAAGGAGCAAUUAGGGUUAAGUGCCUUGCUCAAGGGCACAUCGACAGAUUUUUCACCUAGUUAACGCAAGGAUUCAAACCAGCGACCUUUCGGUUUCUGGCCCAAUGCUCUAAUCGCUAGGCUGCCUGCCACACCAUUACUACAUUCUGUCAGAUCUUUCACUUCCCUUUUAUGUGAUUUGUUUUCUUAUGGUUAAAUAUUGGCCAGAUCAUUUUGUUUUUCUAUGACAAAAACAUUAUAGAGGUAUUAUGAUACUACUUGAAACUGUGAUACCUGAUGCUGGUACCAUGACAACAGUACAACCUAUCAUCCUCCUACUCUAAAGCCAAUAAUAAGUGUUCUGAAACUUGUAAAUUGCAAGUUAGAGAGACCCCGCCCCCUCGCCGCCCCGCCGCACAAAUGAAGGAAGUGAAUCACAAGGCUGGUCUCGGAACAAUACAGUAAAAGAGCUGUCAACUCCAGUUGCCUUUUUUUGGGUUGGUGACUAGGAUGUGUGGGGACAGCUGCCCAGCCUCAGUGAGUUUUUGACUUGAAGAUGAAGAUUAUCUUUCUCUUGAUUCUUCUAUUAGGUAAGAUUUUAUCCAGGUUUGUCUCAUUUUAAGAUUAAAAAAAGAAUAAUAAUUAUAAUAAUUUGCGAGAGACCCACAUGAAAAAAUAAUAUAGUAUACUGUAGUGUUUUUGCAGACUGUACUAUACUGUAGUAUUUACUGUAGUGUCUUUGCAGUAUAACUAGUAUUUACUAUGUCUUUUUAUUUUUUAUUAUCUUUGGCAUUGAGGCGUUCUCCUUCAGGAAACCUACUGGAGAAAUACUAAAGCCUUGUUCACACUCCAGACCUUAAUGCUCUAAUCAGUUUUGUUUUCAAAAUCUAUUUUGGACAACUGACUGUCCAAACAGCAAGUUACAAACGACCAAAUCAGAUGUGUGUGUUCAGAACAGCAGUCAUUUGCUGAUAUGGCUACGCUAGUUGCCAUAGUAACGACAUGGGUCUUUGGGUGUAGUCUGAUUGGUGGUGGUGCUCGUGCUUCCCAUCACUCAGAAGUUAUGUAACAACCUAAGGUGACAACAAUGCUUCGCCAUGGAAGUUUCCUAGUUGCUUUGAAUAUUCAAAAUCAUAGUGUAAAAACACUUUUUUAAAGCCUCAAAGGAUAAGACGAUCCAACUUUCAAAACUAGCUAUUUUUGGCUAGCCAAGGCAGUAAACUAGCUAGUUAGGUACAGCGCAUUCAAAAAUAAUUCACACCCCUUGACUUUUUCCACAUUUUGUUUUGAUACAGACUGAAUUUAAAAUGGACUCAAUUGAGAUUGUGUGUCACUGGCCUACAUAUUACCCCAUCAUGUCAGUGAAGUUGUGUUUUUUAGAAAUGUUUACAGAUGAAUUUAAAAUGAAAAGCUGAAAUGUCUUGAGUGAAUAAGUAUCCAACACCUUUGUAAUGGCAUGGACUCACUCUGUGCAAUAAUAGUGUUUAACAUGAUUUUUUUAAUGGCUACCUCAUCUCUGUAGCCCACACAUACAAUUAGCUCUAAGGUCCCU